GCGCGGCGUGUCCGCCGGCGCCGCUGCUGCGACGUACGUCGAGACUGCUGCUUCAGAACGCGGGUUGCCCUUCCACUUGCUGUGGCUGUGGUUGGGGAUCGGCGGUGGGGAGUGAGCAGAUGGAAGAGGGCUGCAGUUUGCUUUUCUUGCAACCACUUGGAUUUGGCUCCAGUUAGAGGGUACAUCAGUCUGGUCUUGCUUGCCGAUCAGGGAUUACAGUGGCCUGAUCAUACUCGCCACCAGAGCACUUGUUUGGUGAUUUUGUGGGGAGCUGUUGAGUCGCCGCAAGCAGAAGCAUAAGCAGGAGUUGGUUUGGCUGAGAACUUCGUCUGUGUGUGGUGACCUGAGCCGUAGAACCGUGCUGAUCCUGGCUCUUGCAGAGCUGCUGGAGCUGGACAUGGUGCAUGAGAAAGAAUCUGGACACCUGUUUGGAGAGCUUUGCGUGACACGAUGUCUCGGUGCUUCCCAUUCCCGCCUCCAGGGUACGAGGCGGAGCGCAGGAGUGAGGACAAGGAUCUGCUAAAGAAGGAAAAGCAAAAGACGAAGAAGCACAAAAAGGAAAGGAAAGAUGGGGGAAAGAGAGAAAGAAAAGAGAAGAGUCGAGGUCAUAGGAAAGAUAAGCACAAGAAUAAACACAAAAGAGAGAAGCACGAAGAUAGGACAAAGAAAAAAGGAAGAGAUGAAGAGAGAAGACAAGUUUUGGAACAGGGAACUCAGAAGAAUGGCGAUCUUGACAAUAGAAGACCCAAACAAAUAGUAAAUAAUGAAGCAGUGAAAGAUAGCAAGCAGACAGAUGAGUUGACUAGCCAAAUCAUGGUCCAAGAAGGCCAUGCAAACAGCACUGGAAGUAGUACUGGAAAGUUGCUUCCACGAAACAGUCAGUCCUUUGGUGUUGUAGGUUCUAAAGUGAAGGAAAGAACUUCUAUCAGUAGAGAAAAUGAGAAAUCUGGGAAAAUUGGUCAGCACAACCAUGCCAGUGAAAAUGGGAAGGAUAAAACUAUAGUGCUGAACUGUAGGAGCCUUCAAGGUGGGCCGGCUGAAAAAUAUUUCACUGGAAUACAUGGUAGUAAUGGAGUAGGCCUGCAACGGGAGAGCUCUAAAGGUGUACUUGCUACUACUGCAGCCAUUCAACAGAAGCGCAAAAUUACACCAAGCACAAAUGCUGCACAGAGAAUUGAACAAGUUGACCAACAAUCUGUUAGUUCUUCUCAUUCUGCGUAUGGAAAAAGUAACAUCAUGACCACCAUGACGGAGAAGAAUGGGGGUGCUAACAAUUUUCAUUCCAGGAUGGAUAAGGAGUUAGUAGGAGGCAAAAAGGGUGCAGUUCAAGGGAACGCAGAGAUUAAAGAGGAAAAAGCUAAUCAUCAGAAGGUUGUUAAAGAUGGAGAUAGAGGUCGCGAUGUAAAUCACAAGGCUAUUAAAGACAGAUACAGAGAUCACAAUGUAAUGAACAGAAAGGCCAAAAAGAGCAAAAAUGGAGCAGUUCAAAGUAAUGUAAAGAUUAAAGAGGAAAAAACCAACCAUCAGAAGAGUGUUAAAGAUGGAGAAAGAGAUCACAAUGUGAAUCACAAGGCUGUUAAAGAUACAGAUAGAGAUCACAAUGUAAAGAAAAGAAAGGCCAAAGACGGAAAUGAAGGCAAAGUCAGGGAGAAAAGAAGUGUUGGACAUGAGCAGAAGCGCAAAGAGCUUGAUGGACAUGGGAUAAGGAAGAACUAUAUUCAUGAAAUGGACUCGGCUCAUCUUAAUGGGAACAAUUUCAUUUCUGACGAUGUCAAGAAAAGGGAAGACUUAAACACAAACGAUUCUCUACAUGAGCAUGGUAUGCGGAUGACUAAGAUGCCAAGAACAUCUCCUGCUAAUCAUCUUCGUGUAAAUGGGAAAACGCUAAAGCAUUCUCAGGGAACUGCACCUUGUUCUUCCACAUUAUCAGCUGGCUCAACUCCUUGUGGGGCAGACAUGCUUCAAGAUAUCAAGGAAUGCUGCAAUGAUGGCAUCACCGGAUCUCGCUAUCUCGAGAAACACAAAUCUUUAGUUUCUUCAGCCAGCUAUGACAGUAGUGAAGUCUAUCUGACACCACCUCACCCGGAUACCAAGUAUCUGAGCCAACUGUACUCCAUACCAGCAGCUGACGACUGCUCGGAGUACAUUGAUCAAGACUGGCUGUUUUCUGGGGACCUUGUUCACCGGAAAUCAACGGUGGCCGCAGAACCACUCCAAGUUUGGGCUGAAGCACAGCCGAUGGAUUCUGCUGACGUAGUUGCCAUGCCUUAUAUCGUUCCGUUAUGAUGUGGACUCCAUUGUAGGCAUGGGAAAAUGACUUCCAGAGUUUGGGCUAUGAUCUGAAAGCGUGGAAGACGGAUUCGCCUGUUCCCAUUUGCCUUCUACUGAGCUGCACAAAGUGUACCAGGUUGUUCUGCCCCUUCUCUAGAAUCCUUCUUGUGUUCGUGAGAUUCCUGGCCACUUACCGUUUGUCGAAUGAAGACUGAGCAUCGCCUGUGCCAUAUCAACACCGUCAGUGCUCCCCACUGGUGGAUGUUUUUCUUAUCUAUCAGGUAGUGCUGCAUCUCACACGAUACCACGGGUACACUUGAGUCUUUCGGAUCAUGUAUAUCAAGUGAUUGAGCAUCAAAUGUUGCUCCUGCUGAAUUGCCACAGGAUUUUCAAACUGUAUUCUGUGAAUUGUGUUCAGGAAGAAUGUAUAUAGAGGAAGAAUAUUACUAACAGCUUUUAUCUAACUAUGUGGCGUGUGUUUGUUCUGGUUAACUGGAAAAUUUAUACGGGUCAUCUCAUUUCUACCA